AUGGCUUUCCGACGUCCCUUGACGGCCGCGGCCGCGGCCGCAUCGACGCUGUCGACCGCCGCCAGGACCGCUCCUCGAGCAGCCCCCGCUCUUCCCCGAUUCACACUCUCCAGAUCCUCGUCGAGUUCGACUUCCGCUCUUGCCUACAAGGCCUUGCACCGUCGCUCGCCUCUCCCGCUGCCCGUCUCGGAUACCUCCCCGCAAUGGGACGCUCCGACGGCCGUCUCCUCGAUCCUGUAUGAGACCCCCGUGGCGCCGACGAACCCGCCCAAGCGCCAUGUCCUGAACUGCCUCGUCCAGAACGAGCCCGGUGUGCUGUCCCGGAUCUCGGGUAUCCUGGCUGCCCGUGGCUUCAACAUCGACAGUCUGGUCGUGUGUAAUACCGAGGUGGAGGAUUUGUCCCGGAUGACCAUUGUGCUUCAGGGUCAGGACGGUGUUGUCGAGCAGGCUCGUCGUCAGCUAGAUGAUCUGGUCCCUGUCUGGGCUGUCCUGGACUACACGGAAUCUGCUCUUGUGCAGCGCGAACUCUUGCUGGCUAAGGUUAGCAUUCUGGGCCCGGAGUUCUUCGAGGAGCUUUUGCAGCACCACCGUGAGAUUACCACUCCCGGGGAGACCUUGGAAGGUCACAAGGAGAAGAAGUCGAUUGCGGAGAUGAAUGAGAACAAGGAAUACCACCCCCGUCAUCUUCCUCCCAGUCAGGCUCUGAGACACAAGCACGAGCACUUGGAUGCUAUCACCCGCCUGGCCCACCAGUUCGGUGGUAAGGUUCUGGACAUUAGCACCAACAACUGCAUUGUUGAAAUCUCCGCAAAGCCCAACCGUAUCGACUCGUUCAUGAAGCUGAUUGCUCCCUUCGGUAUCCUCGAGUCCACCAGAACCGGUCUGAUGGCCCUGCCUCGUUCUCCUCUUUUCGAGCCGGCUGAGGAGGCCGAGAAGGAGGCUGCCGAUGUUGUCGAUGCAAGCACUCUUCCUCCUGGUUAA